AUCCUCGUAUUGUUUACAGCACUAGGAGAGCCCUUCCAUCCAUUCAAAAGGAUUGCGUUCCUACCACCAAAAAUCGUUACCUUCAAACAUACGAAACAAAACAAAACUUAAAGAGAACAGCCUCCUCGAUCUUGAAGGUCAAAAAACCCUGUUGAAACAAUUGAUUCUGCCAUCGGACAACAUCAUUUAGACAACCCUGAUUGUGGCAAAAACUAUGAUGACAACAUGUUUCAGGUAUGCGACAUGCUUCUCUGUGCCUUAAUUCAUUACGGUUGUCCCUCUUAGCAUCUAAGUAUGUAAGAAAGAACUCAAACCCACUCAACUUAUAGGCCAUUCAAUUAAUAAGAAUUAAUAAAAAACAUUUAUUAAUUAAGUCGUACUUUGCUAAUGCUAACAAUGCAUAGAAAAUACCAUAUUUCUUUCUAAAAUCAAAUGUUCCAUUUAAGAGUUCUGGAAACCGUGCUCUUUUUCUGUUUUUUUUCUACUGAUAUGGACGAAAUUCGAUUCAAAACUAUGCUGACUCACAUUUUUUCAAAGACGAAAAUCAGUCCAUCCAAGUUUUCAUUCCGUACCAUCAUGUCAUAAGCUUCUGACAUGAGUUGAAUUGGUUUGAUCAAGUCAUAUAUUUGAAUGCUCUUGGCUGUUUCGUUGCCAUGUCGGCUGUUUUUGAUCAUACGUCCGAAUAACUUUGUACCGUAAUUGUGAAGUCACCAGCUUAUUUUUCCAAAUGAAACAGCCCCCUGUGAGCAUUUGUAUUCCAUUUGUUAAAAAUUCAAUUUGAACGAAUUCUUUACGUUUUAGCAUAAACUGGUCACAUGUCUUGCCUGCUGGCAUUAAUCAAUCUAGCGACCUUUCCCAUUGUGAACCCGCGCAGUAUUUAUCGACUAUAAUUCGCUCUCAUGUUUGCCGCUUCGCGUACCCUUGGGGUUUUAAGAUGGCACCAUCGUCAAUGGCAUGGGUAAGAUCCAAAUUGACAAGAUAAAUGAAUUCCGCGCUCUCGCAUGUAAAGCAGGCUAUUCUUUUAAAUAAACGAGGCAUUGAAUUCCUCAAUCAAGAAUUGGAAACUGCCUGAAUCUUCCUUCGGGCAAUAAUCAUCUUGGCCAGUGCCCAUUAACUUUGUGUUUAUAGAGAGUGUGCAAAAAGACUCAAUGUGAAAAGAGCGUUUGCAGUUAAUGUCCACGUGUUCGUAGCAAGGGAUGUCUUUGAAGGAAUAUAAUUGUCAUAUUUACAAAACCGUCGUCGGAGAAUUGAAAUAACAUGUUUAAGAAGGAGCAAGCCGAGGUGAUGGUGAUGCUAUAUAAGACGCGAUUGCAGCGAUUCAAGGAUGAAACAGUGAGCGACAUCUUGCUGAAGGUGAUCAUUUACCAUGAUAUUGAUUUGCUCAAAAACUGCUACUACAUAUGACUUGAUCAAACUCUGCUGCUCAAGAAUGAUGACAUUUUAAAAACUCACGGCUGAUGGAAUGCAAGAGAUUGAUAAGCACAUUAAUUUAAACAGGUGCAAUAAUUGAACCACCCACAGACAAGAAGGAGGAUCUUUGAGCAUAUGCAAGGUACUGACUUCUUUUUACAUGUUUACUUUUCGAGCACCUUUCGAUGCCGUAACAUGAUGGACGGAUGACCUCGAAUUCGUAAUAUCGACGACGGCAUUGUGGCCUUGAUAUAGAAAAUAAGAAGGUCGAAACAUGAAUGAUACAAGCACUACCUUUGCUAGCUUGACGUCGACAACCGCAAUGUUUGUUUCGCCAACAACAAUGACCAAUACGACAUUGACUUUCGCCAGGAAUAGCGGCAAUGCGACGGCUCCGCUCGAUAUAUUCGCUUUAGUUUGCAUGUUUCUCCUCUUUGUGAUCGGUGUUUGCGGCAACUUGUUUACUAUCGCCAUUCUUAGGUUCGUAAAGAAAGGGCCCGCGACGGCGUACGACCUAAUGCUGAUAUCACUCAGCGUAAGUGACCUUGUUUGUGUCAUUGUUGUGCCUGCGAUGUUCGCAUACGGAACACUUACAAAUUUCCAAAGAUGGGAUUUCGGAAUGGUAGGAUGCAAAGUUCUGCUGUCAGUUUUGCCUAUCAAUGUAACUAUUUCGCAAUGUAUUCUAAUGCUCAUGUCUGUCGAUAGAUAUCGCGUAAUUUCGAAACCAUUUGCUCGAAACGGCAUUACGAAAUCGCGUACGAUCGUGUGCGUGAUCUCAUUUGUGUUCCUUGGGACUCUGCUAGCCGGGCCUAAAUUUCACGCAUUGGAGCUUCAUUCAGUCGAAGGUUCGUCAAAGCAAAUGUGUAAUCCAGUAGGCCACAAAAACCUCUAUACGUUGUCCUACGCUUUUACCAUGUUCAUUCGCGACAUCGUGUCGACAACGAUUAUAGGGAUCACAGGACGCAAGAUAGGCACGGCACUAGUCACAAAUUCAAACAAUCUGGCAAAACAUGGCUACAUGGGCACGAAAAUGGCCAGUAGACUUGAUCAUGUAAACAGCACGCGUCGAAUGCUGCGUUUAAUGCUGGUUGUUUUCAGCGUCUGCACGAUUCCGCUCGAUGCUUUUCAACUUUGCUUUUACAUUGCUUUGCAAGUGGACGGAGCAAGCGUCAACGCGCAAGUUUUCGCGUGGCUUCGCAGUGUUAAUACAGUACUGUAUCUCUUUCAAACUUCGAAUGCCGCUGUAAACGUUUUCAUCUAUGGAGCGCGGCAUCGCGACUUUCGUCCUGUUUUGGAGAGGAUCGGCGCGGCAAGAAGAUCCUUGUUCCAUGCAAUUUUCUCCUGUGCCAGUGAUGGAAAUCUUACUCAAAGCCGUCAAAGAGGAAACAUAUUUGUGCAUGUUUCACGACAGCAAACUGUUCGAGGUAUGCAGAUGGUUGCGCUCAACAACGAUGUCGUUUCUCAGCGCGCUUCAAGUCGGUGACUGGCUAUGUCGACGAUUCUGGAAAAUUGAUCACCAAAUGCUAAAUCAGUCACGUGUCAUCAAUGUAAUAUUUAUUGAAUAGUGUUGCCCUAAAAAACGGAUUGAAAGCAGAAAUAGAUUUAUUCGUCAAGGCAAACAGUUUAUACUCUCUUCAUUUCCUUAUGGACUUUCCUUGUGCAGGUAAACACUGCUUGUAAUUUUGUUAGUGUUUAACACCUUAAAUAGGUUUGAAUUGUUAGCAACAUAUAGUUUGAAAUAAUAAAUUCAGGCACGUAAAUAAUAGGGGGGCGUGGGGGGCGUAACGCCCCCCCAAAGUUUGGAAAAUCCAGUUACAGUUGGAAAACGUAACGGUUGACUUGGAAUUUUUUUCUUAAGACAAAACUUGUGAAUUUUAUAUUUUAAGAAGUUUUUUUAUUUUAAAUAUAAAAAUUCUAAACAUUAAAAUUCACAGGCUGAAGCUGACCCAUCCAAUCGUUUUCUAUUGUGAAUCCCGUCUCCUCUGGGUCCAAAUUGCACACUUGCCCCGUUUUCUUUUUCUUUCUUUCUGACGGGAGUUGAAUCAAAUUACGAACAGGCAAGGUGAACUUACGGAUAAGAAACUUGAAACUUACAGUUUGGAAUAAUAAUACCCGCAUUGAUCAGAAUAUAUUAGAGUGGGAAUUUUUUUAUAAACUAUGAGUAGUUAAUUCAAUAAAAGAUUAAGAAUCUUUCAGUACUAAAAAUUCUCAACGCUUCUUAUAAAAAACGAGUUUAUGCUAAACUCCCCUGUUAUUUGUUAAUGUCCUUGAGUCCUUAUCAUAAAUUCCUAUGACAAAACUGCUGUGGAGCAAGAACACAUUGCAAAAACUGCAGUAGAAGUAUUUGAUUAAAGAAGAGUAUUUCAUCUUUCGAAUCAGGCAUAUGCACAAGUUUGUUCUCAAAUCAUCAUUUCAAUUGUAAAGAAUGAAAAGGCAUUUGGCCCUCUGAAAAGUUUAAAGGUAGUUUUCUUCGAUCAAGAACGAAAAUAAAAGGCCCAAAUUCUUGGUGCUUCUAUAUCGUGAAAAAAUGUAUUUAAAUAAAAUUGAUCAAUUGAUCUGAAAGAAUACUACUAAUCAUUAAGUAUAUCUAAUACUGGUUUUGCUUAAAUGUUGCUUUACUUCUUACAGUAUGUUUAAUGUUUGUUUCAUGUUAAUCAAAAUUUAGAGAUUUAGGCUUUUAUGCUUUAGGCUAAUUAUUGAGUAAAGAUUUGGUAAUUAUAAAGAAAAUAGAACUAUGGUGCUCGGGCUAUUUACAAAUAUCAAUUUGGUAGGUACAACAGAUCUACUGGUCGAAUGAAAAAUUUAUCACUUGAAGUUGGAAUUUUCAUACUUCCACGCCCCCCCAAAAUUAGCAACUUGUUUUCGUCCCUGAAUAAAUUCAUAUUCAGCCUCCUUGUUUCUCAUUUAUAUGAGUAUAAGUUAUAUAAACAAAUUCUAUUGUAUUAUUAUUUAUCAAACCCUUUAAGUCUCAUAUAUCGUUAACGUAAGUAAAACCACUUUACCCGUACCAAUGUACGUCGCAAAAACUGCGUCGAGGGCUUUAGUAUAUUUAGCGCUACUGCUUAGAUUCCUACCUGGCAAGAAUUGGUAGAUAUACCAGCGCGUGAGUUCUCAUAUGCGCAUUAAGUGUAUUUUUUAAGACGACGUGCCCAUUGCUUGUCGUGCAUUUAAAUUACUGGAGAUUCAUUAAGGCUUCGAUUGUUUCAUUUGUGAGUUGUAGCUCUCUCUAUCCUCGUGAGUUAGCUGUUGCAUUUGAAAACUGUAUCUACUUUAUGUUUAGGAAUAUAUCAAUAUGGAAAGGACUUAACUAUAAGAAGAACUACAUCACAGGCACCCAUUCAUUUUCCAUCUCAAUAUAAAUAAAAUCCACAAAUGCAAACCAAAACUCGACAAGCCCCUUCAACAAUCACGGAUUACACCAAAAUACAUUCUCAAACAUUAGGUAACACAAACAAAUUGCCCAAUCCACAUAAAAAAGCCUUCCCCACAAUCAUACUCUGAACCAUUCUAUUCAAUAUUCUAUAAAUCUAUAACAAACUCAAAUCAUCUGCAAUCCUUAGCAAAAUCACAACAGCAAGUCAAUCCUAUCCAUAUCUCAUAUCAAAAUAAAACCUUAUUCAACCCGGAACAACACAGCAUCCAAUCUCAUACUGUAUCAAGCACGAAAGACACUGCAAUCUCACAGAAAAGAAAACAGCUGGUUUACAUAAUAGGUGACUCUAUGAUUAAAAACCUAGAAGGCCAUAGAAUGUCAAGAAUGAAUCUAUAAAGACCCGCUUGACGGCUGGAGCGACAUCCGAAGAUGCUAUACACUAUGUUAAAUCUAUCUUUACAAGAAACUCUGAUGAAAUCAUAGUACAUUUUGGCACUAACGAUAUUGCAUCAAAAUCUAAAACAAUAGACAACUACCGGAAAAUCAUCAACGAAAUUCAAUAAAACAGUCAGUGUACACGUAUAAGCAUCAGUUCUAUCAUAAUGAGAGGAGAUAAUGAUUAAGUGAACAAGGACUACAAGCUAUGCCGAUAAUAUAAACAGGAUUAUAUAAACAACAAUAACAUCAGUAUUGAUAGCUUGAACGGUAGCAGACUCCAUCUAAAUAGACAAGAGAACAUACUUCUUGCGAGAAACAUAAUUAAUCAUCUGCAGUAAACAUGAAAAGUGGGUAAGAUAAUGCACAGUUUAACCAUGAUUGAGCCUUCAUGCCCUUAUAGUCAAAAAGCUAAUCAUUCAUUGAUAACCCAAGGAGCAAGGAGAGCAUGAUGAAAUUAAAAACAAACAGAGCUCUGUCGAUGUAAUAGAUAGCGCUUUAAAUGAAGUAACUAAUUUCAGUUCAAUAAGAGUAAAAAACCCUAAAAAGACAAUUGUAGGGUACCUUAACAUAAAUUGUCUUCCUAACAAACAUUUUAGUAUUAUGGAACUAAUAAAAGGAAAAUUAGAUAUUUUUCUUAUCUCAGAAACAAAGAUAGACGAAUAUUUUCCGACUCAGUAUUCUGCUGCGGGGUUUAGGAAGCCCUUUAGACGCGACAAAAAAUUGGAGCUGGAGGAUUAAUACUUUAUGUGAAUGAAAACAUUCUAGCUAAAGAAUUAAGAAAUCUCAACCCAGCAAAUGAUAUUGAAACUUUUUCUGUUGAAGUAAAUUUUAAAAAACAAAAAUGGAUAAUUAUUGGAAUCUAUCACCCUC